CGGCGGGUGGGUUGAGAGGGAGCGGCCGAGCAGGAAAUGCUCGUGUGCAGAAGCUGAGGUCUAGAGACCGAAGGCAUAUCCAACGCUUUCGAAGAUGGCGGCUCCAAAACCCUCGUGCGAUCUUUCCGUGUGCUUGCCAGAGGCUACUGAUGGUCGGUAUAGCUGGAUAGUCGUGGCGGGCGGGAUUGUGGCCUUCACGUUCGCAUGGGCAAUGGGAGCGAACGACGUGCCAAACGCGUUCGCUUCGGUGAUCACUUCCAACGUUUUAUCAUUCAAAUGGGCAGUGGCAGUUUCGUCAGUAUUCGAACUCGUCGGAGCUCUGCUGAUGGGCACGAAAGUGACAAGCUCCAUCAUCGAAAACGUGGUGAAAUGGGAGGAGUUGAAGCACAGGGCUAGCUUGAUAAUGUGGGGAUUAACCUGUGCGCUGACAGCUUCAAGCAUCUGGGCAACCAUAGCCACGUUCUACGCCUGGCCGAUCUCGACGACGCACACGAUCAUAGGAGCGAUGGUGGCACCCUUACUCGUGAUGAAUGCCAAAGACUCGAUCUAUUGGACAGGAAAGCGCAAGAAGACGGAGACAGACGGAACCUGGGAGGGGCUACCAAUUUCUCCCGUCCUCGGGAUCGCAAUAUCGUGGGUGUUAUCUCCUGUCCUGGCGGCGACCGUAGCUGGCAUCUUCUUCGGACUCAUCAAGCGCUUCAUACUCCGUCGUCAGAAUUCAGCGGAGCUCACUAUCAAGUUCCUGCCUUUUACAUCUGCGUUGACUGCCUUCGUGAUUGUGCUGCUGGUGAUGUUUUCCUCGAACUCUUGGCUUAGCGACGUGCGUGCCUGGCAGUCUAUCCUGAUAGCGUUGGGACUAGCGUUGGCGGCGCUCAUGCUUGGCUUCUUCGUCGGGGUACCGUUUGCAAGGAAGAGACUGAAAAGAUACGACAGUCUGCGAAGGCUCGAAAUUGAGGCGGAGCUGGGGGAGGCGGCGGCGGCCGUCGGUUCAUCCCAAGAGAGGCAGCUGAAUGAGGGGGGGGCAGAGUCCGGAAGGAGAAGGGAGGGUCGAGACCCGGAGGCGGCGGGAGAUGCGCCUUCGGCAGGCAGUAGCUUCAAGUGCGAAUUCGCUCAAACCGGCUAUGGCGGUCAAGACGAAGGCGGCGAUGGAGGUCGUGGCCAUGGCAGUGCAAAAAAAGGUGUUUCCUGGGGUUUCGGAGGACAGGUAGUCUUCGAUGAGCACACUCUUCGCCUCCACGCUCUUUCCGAGAAAUUUAAUCCGCGAACAGAGGAAUUAUUUCAGCUCUUUCAGGUCCUUGCAGGUUGCGCGAUGGCGUUUGCUCAUGGCUCUAACGACGUGGGAAAUCCUAUCGGCCCUUUCGCCGUCAUUUACUCUAUACAUCGUGAUGGGGAUAAAUUUUUUGAACCCAGUUUCAAGGUACCGGUGAAGAUAUGGAUGCUGGUACUUGGUGGGGUGGGCAUUUGUGUCGGUUUCGCAGUAUGGGGAUGGAGAGUCACGACCAGUAUCGGAGGAGGGCUGACGCUGAUGACGCCAUCUCGGGGCUUUUCCUGCUUGCUCACUUCUUCGUUCAUCGUGGCCGUCGCAUCUAAACUGGGCUUACCAAUCUCCACCACACAGGUUCUGGUAGGUUCGACGCUUGGUGUGGGAGCCGCUGACAAUUUUAAGACCGUUGAUUGGUGGUUGUUUUGGAAAUUCUUUCUGUCGUGGGUUGUGACUGUGGCGGCUGCGGGUGGCAUGACUGCCUUCUUCUUCGCCGUCUCGGUUUUUUCUCCAAUUCAGCCAUAGCUCCCUCCCUGAAAGGGACAUGUAUAUAUUAUACCAUACAUACGGAUGUUAGAAAAGAAAAGAUUAAAAAGAAAAGCCCCAAUAAUGGUUAUGACCACACAGCGCACGUCCCACACUUUACGUGCAUGCAACGGCGGCAGUCGAUACACAAAUCGGGAUUUUCUUGGUCACUAAAUUACUGAUUAAUUACUGUCAUUGAUUCCUGUUUUCCAAUUUGGAGUCAGACAUUUCUUAAUUCAUGUGUGGUCAUCCUUACGCACGGACUAUGCUAAAUUUCUCUCCUCCAUCGUUCCAAUUUGAACGGAUGUACCGAAGGACAAUUUACUGUUGCUGUCCUUUUCACUUGAGCUUAGAUUCGAACUUCUUUUGUUAUAUUUUGUCAGGGUGUACAAUUCGACGGACUCCUCGUACCCUUCUUUUAUGGUUUUUGUUUAAUAGUUUUGCAAUUUGACAGGGUUUACCCGUCAAAAAUUUCCCAAAAUGGCGGGGCUCGUCCUCAUUAGUCAUUGGUUUUGCCUUUUGUGUAUCGAUUUGCUGUGGUGGUUAUUUCCUUCAUGCUUCGUGCCAGCCAUCGACAUGUAUCAUCAUCGUGUACUCGAUUGCGACUUCGAGAUGGACAUUCGUAGAAUCAUCAUCAUCAUUAUCAUUGUUCAUCAUCAUCCAUUAUCAGAACAACAAACGGUGGCAGCAGCGGCUUCGGCAGCAGCAGCAACAAAUAUCCGUGUUGUCAUCGUCUUCUUCGUAGCAGCAGCAGCAGUAGCAUCAUUAGCAUAAGUAGCAGAAGGAGGGAGAUGCAGUAGAUGGAGGAGGGAGGAGAGAAACGUGGGAAGAAACGUGGUGUCUAACGGUCACGAGGAGCAGAGAGGCAACAGCGACUGCUUGGCGCGGCUGGUGCUGCCUAUGAAUGGAACAAUUAAGUACCGCCAUCUUCCCCCGAAUAGAACGCACCGUCAUCAGGUAUUUACACAAGCUAUUGACCUUGUCUGAUACGGUCAUGAUGGGGGUGCAUUCUGUUCGUGGGAAGAUUGUAUGACUUUCUCAAUGAAAUCUGGCUGCAAUU